AUGGCUACCAUACCUCUGGAAACCGAGCUUGUCGAGGCCAAACACGGUGGCAAAGAAGUUAUCGACAUUGACGAUGAAGACGAUGAGUUGUCACCGAUCGAGGAGGUUCGUCUAACAGUGUCAAACGAAGACGACCCGACGCUUCCAGUAUGGACAUUCCGCAUGUGGUCCAUAGGCCUCUUCUCGUGCGCCCUCCUCUCCUUCCUCAACACCUUCUUCUCCUACCGCACCGAGCCCCUCGUCAUCUCCGUGAUCUCCGUCCAGGUGGCGAGUCUCCCCCUCGGAAAGUUCAUGGCGAGGACCCUGCCCACGAGGAAGUUCCGAAUUGGCUCGAAAGAGUUUUCACUUAAUCCUGGUGAGUUCAACAUCAAGGAGCACGUGUUGAUAUCGAUUUUUGCAAAUGCCGGAGCAGGGUUUGGGAGCGGUCCGGCUUAUGCAGUUGGGAUUGUGACUAUCGUAAAGGCGUUUUAUGUGAGGAACAUAUCUUUCUUGGCGAGUUGGAUACUUGUUAUUACCACGCAGGUUUUGGGGUAUGGAUGGGCGGGUAUUCUCCGGAAGUACGUGGUGGAUCCGGCUACAAUGUGGUGGCCUAGUAGUCUGGUUCAGGUCUCUUUGUUUAGGGCUCUACACGAGAAAGACAACAACCGCAUGUCCAGAGGAAAAUUCUUUCUGAUUGCGCUGGUAUGCAGCUUCUCUUGGUAUGUUGUCCCAGACUACCUUUUCACAACUAUAUCAACCAUUUCAUGGGUUUGCUGGCUUUUCCCCAAGUCAAUAACAGCACAUCAAAUCGGGUCGGGCAUGCGUGGACUUGGUAUUGGGUCACUUACAUUGGAUUGGUCUGUCAUAGCCUCGUACUUAGGCAGCCCACUGAUCAGCCCAUUUUUUGCCAUUGUCAAUAUCACUGUUGGCUAUAUUCUCACCAUGUAUGUGGUAUUACCGACUGCCUAUUGGGGAUUCAACUUAUACAAUGCCAAGAACUUCGCAAUCUUCUCUAAAAACUUGUUUGAUGACCAUGGUGAAAUAUAUAAUGUCACGGCCAUUGUCAAUGACAAGUUCGAAAUUGACAUGCCUGCCUACAAAAAACAAGGACAUAUAAACCUCAGUGUGUUCUUUUCUCUGACCUACGGGAUUGGCUUCGCUGGUGUUAUAUCGACCAUCACACAUGUGGCUCUAUUCAAUGGAAGGGAGAUGUAUGAGAAAUACAAAGCUGCACAUACUGGAAAGGUGGACAUCCACACCAGAUUGAUGAGAAAUUACAGAGACAUACCUACCUGGUGGUUUCAUAUUCUGCUUUUGUUGUCGCUUGCACUGUCUCUGGCGUUAUGCAUUUUCAUGAAAGAUGAGGUACAACUGCCUUGGUGGGGACUCCUUUUUGCAGCUGCAAUUGCAUCGGUUUUCACUCUUCCGAUUAGCGUUAUAACGGCAACAACGAAUCAGUCACCAGGACUAAACGUAAUCACAGAGUAUAUAAUGGGUUUGAUAUUACCUGGAGAACCAAUAGCCAAUGUAUGCUUCAAAACCUAUGGGUAUAUAAGCAUGGCGCAGGCAAUUUCCUUUCUGAGUGAUUUCAAGUUAGGUCACUACAUGAAGAUCCCACCCAUAUCGAUGUUCAUAGUUCAGUGCAUAGGAACUGUGAUAGCCGGAACAGUCAAUAUUGGGGUGGCAUGGUGGCUGCUAACUACUGUGGAAAACAUAUGUCAAGAAAGUUUACUCCCUCCUGAUAGUCCUUGGACUUGUGUCAAUGAUGCUGUUUUUGAUGCCUCUGUAAUUUGGGGUCUGGUCGGGCCAAAGCGAAUAUUUGGCUCCCUUGGAUACUACUCAGCACUUAACUGGUUCUUCCUAUUCGGUGCAAUUGGACCUCUCAUAGUAUGGUUGUUGCAUAAAGCUUUUCCAAGUCAAAAAUGGAUCGCGCUGAUCAACCUUCCCGUGCUUUUGGGAGCAACGGCUGUAAUGCCACCGGCUUCAACUGUGAACUUCAAUUGCUGGAUUAUUGUUGGACUUGUUUUCAGUUACUAUGUAUUCAGAUACAGAAAGACAUGGUGGCAAAGGUACAAUUAUGUUCUUUCAGCUGCCUUAGAUGCUGGAGUAGCUUUCAUGGCGGUGCUUGUAUAUUUAUCAAUGAAUGGUAAGGGCAUAUCUUGGUGGGGAACAGAUGGGGAACACUGUGAGCUGGCUACCUGUCCAACAGCUGAAGGCUUGGAUCUUGGUCAUGCUUGUGUAUGGUGA